CACAAGUUAAUUGGCUACUAAGAAGAAAAAUAGCUAGCUGGCUCAAGAAAAAGAAGCUGGAAGUAUGGAGUUGAAGGUGGAUGAUGUAUCAGAACCAGUAAGCCCUACUGGACAGUACUUCAACAGCUCUAUUCUGUCUAUCUGUGUUCUUGGUGUUUUGGAAUCUCAGACUCCCAUUGAUGAUUCUUCCGCCAUGUUAUUGCUUAAAGAUGUGUUCCUCCCCAUCAGCCCUCGCUUCUCCUCCAUCAUGGUUAAAGAUGAAGAUGGAGUGAAAAGAUGGAAGAAGUGUGAAGUGAAGCUCAAAGACCACGUUUAUGUCCCGAACUUCCCAGAAGGAUUGUCACUAACAUCUUACGACAAUUGCCUUGAUGAUUAUCUAUCAAAAAUAGCGAUGGAACAGCUUCCACAAAGCAGGCCUUUAUGGGAGAUCCAUAUCUUCAAAUAUCCCACAAAAAAUGCUGCUGGAACAUUGAUCUUCAAGCUUCACCACGCCCUUGGCGAUGGAUUUUCUUUAAUGGGUGCUCUUCUUUCUUGUCUACAAAGAGCUGACAAUCCCUCUCUUCCAUUGACAUUUCCUUCACGUCAAUGGCCUUCCAAAAUGGACACCAGUCACAAUGGUAGCAUAAUUAUAGCUACACCUAAUUUCUUUACUUCAGUUUACAACACUAUAUCAGAUUUUGGGUGGAGCCUUUUGAAGAGCAGCUGUAUUGAAGAUGAUCCAACACCAAUACGAUCUGCCGACCCUGGUGUGGAGUUUAAGCCUAUUACAAUAGUAACAAUGACAUUCUCUCUUGAUCACAUCAAACAAAUUAAGAACAAGCUUCGAGUGACAAUAAAUGAUGUGAUUUGUGGAAUUAUCUUCUUCGGGACUAGAUUAUAUAUGCAAACAUGCAGCCAUAAUUCAAAGGCUAAUGCACAUUCUACAGCGCUGGUGUUGCUGAAUACAAGGAACAUUAACGGGUACAAGUCAGUUGAGGAGAUGGUGAAACCUGAUGCUCAGUCGCCAUGGGGGAACCAGUUUGGCUUCUUGCACGUUUCUGUGCCCGAGUUAACUGCUACUGAAUCUUCAAACCCACUUGAAUUUGUCCUGAAAGCACAGAAAUCGAUCAAGAGAAAAAGGGAUUCUCUCGCAGUUAAUUUCACUGGUCGGCUUCUUGAGGCUUUGAGGCGAUUUAGAGGCCCUGAGGCAACUGCUAAGUAUAUCCACAAAACACUGAGAAACUCAAGCAUGACCGUCUCAAAUCUGAUUGGGCCUGUGGAAGAAAUGGCUUUGGCUAAUCAUCCUAUUAAAGGUCUCUACUUUAUGGUGGUAGGCGUACCUCAGAGUCUUACAAUUACUCUGAUAAGCUACAUGGGAAAGUUGAGACUUGCAGUGGGAACAGAAAAAGGAUUUAUAGAUCACCACAAGUUCAAGUCAUGCAUUGAGAAAGCCUUUGAGUUGAUACUGAAAGGAGCCCAUGAAAUUCCAUCGAAUUCAUAGACUGAAAAUUGAUGCAACAGUUUAUUUUCAUUAUAAGCCCUCAAAAUUCGAGCCACUGUGCUUAAAGCUUAUUAAGCGAAACUGUUUGAUGUCCAUUAGAUUUUAUGUUCAUAUUCUUUGAAUUAUUCUGUCUUGUCGUAUCAAUCAAGUACUGUACUUGUUUCAAUCAAGCUUUGUAUUAACAGUAAUUAAAGGCGAUAUCAACCGAUGAUUGCGAC